AUAACUCAACACCAGCGAAGCAGCAUGAAGAGUUCAAACGCAGGAAGAUGACUCUGUAGACACAUACAAAUGCAGUGCUGUUCCAUAAACAAUAGAACAGAAAGGCCAAAAAUACCAUACAAAACUCAUGCUGCGCAACCUAAAGACCCGGCCUUGCAACACAUUGAACUCCCAUUGAAGAACUCAAGACAUCAUGCAGGAUCCGUCCCCAGAUUCUGAGCGUUCCCAUCUCUCCUCGUUCACUAUGAAGCUGAAGGGCAAGUUUCAUUCACCAAAAAUAAAGAGAACCCCUUCAAAGAAAGGAAAGCAAGCUGACCCGACAGUGAAAACGCCAGAGAAGUCAGCGAACAAAAAUGUAUCAUGGCUAGAGGAAAAGGAGAAGGAGGUCGUAAGUGCGUUGCGCUACUUUAAGACUAUUGUGGACAAAAUGGCAAUUGAUAAGAAAGUACUAGAGAUGCUGCCAGGCUCAGCAAGUAAAGUGCUGGAGGCCAUCCUACCCUUGGUGCAGGCGGAUCCACGCAUGCAGCAAAGUUCUGCCAUCUCAUCCUGCUAUAGCCGUGUGUACCAGAGUCUGGCCAAUCUAAUUCGCUGGUCUGAUCAAGUGAUGCUGGAAGGUGUGAAUUCAGAAGACAAGGAGAUGGUGACAACAGUUAAGGGUGUCAUAAAAGCUGUUCUGGAUGGAGUCAAGGAGCUGGUCAGACUCACGAUUGAAAAGCAGGAGCAUCCCUCUCCCACAAGCCCAGUUAAACCCAGUCUACCAGCAUGUAAAUCUGACAGCCCAUCAGAACUUCCACUUACAGACCGAGAAAUGGAAAUCCUCAACAAGACAACUAAUAUGACUCAAUCCAAUGAGCUACUGACUGACUCCAUGGAUGAAGAGGUUGCACCUCCUAAACCCCCCCUGCCUUGCAUUCGUGUGGCAGAAAACAGCCCUCCUCCAGCAUUGCCCCCUAAAAAACGGCAGUCAGCACCUUCCCCAACCAGAGUGGCGGUUGUGGCCCCCAUGAGUCGAGCCACCAGUGGGUCCAGUUUACCUGUGGGAAUCAACAGACAGGAUUUUGAUGUUGACUGCUAUGCCCAGAGAAGGCUGUCGGGUGGAAGCCACUCCUACGGGGGGGAAUCUCCUCGCCUCUCACCAUGCAGUAGCAUUGGCAAACUCAGCAAGUCUGAUGAGCAGCUCUCUUCUCUGGACCGUGACAGUGGUCAGUGCUCCCGCAACACAAGCUGUGAAACUUUAGAUCAAUCAGAUCACUAUGAUCCAGACUAUGAAUUCCUGCAGCAAGACCUCUCGAAUGCUGAUCAGAUACCUCAGCAGGUGCCUGGUAUCCUCAGCCCGUUGCCAGAGUCCUUGGGCGAGUCUGGUUCCCCUUUUCAUGGACAAGCUUUCCAGCUCCCACAGGGCAGCUCUCCUCCACUGGAGUUCUGCAGCCUGACGGGAGCAGCGCAGCCAACGGACACUCCUCCAGCUUUACCGGAAAAGAAGAGGAGGAGUGCAGCCUCACAGACUUCAGAUAACACGGGCUGCAGGGUCUCGUAUGAGAGGCAUCCUUCACAGUAUGAUAACAUCUCGGAGGAUGAUGUGCAGCACGUGGGGCCUGUCACGUCAGUACCCUUCACACCGUUUGCUGCUGUUUUGCCUUUCCAGCAAGGAAACUCCUCGGCACCAGCUGAAUUCAUUACUGACUUUGCUGCUCCAGAUUCUACCAGUGACCCAGAGAAGCCACCACCUCUGCCAGAGAAGAAGAACAAACACAUGAUGGCGUAUAUGCAGUUUGUGGAAGACUACUCAGAGCCGCAGCCAUCCAUGUUCUACCAGACACCUCAGAAUGAGCACAUCUACCAGCAGAAGAAUAAGCACCUCAUGGAAGUCUAUGGGUUCAAUGACUCCUUUAUCAGCUUAGACCCCUCGCAAGAUCUGGCACCUCCUCCUGCUCUCCCGCCGAAACAGCGGCAGCUGGCCUCCUAUGCUGCCUCUUCUUUCCCUUCUGUCUCCUACUGUGUCCAGCAAACUAAAGUGCCCUUCACCCCCGAGGACACCGGUGCCACUCAGGGCCUCACUAUGUCAGUCUCUAACUCCUUUCUCAACCGGCACAGCUCCUUUCCUGUGCAUUCGUACAAAUCUGUGUUUAGGUCCUACUCCCAAGACUUUGUGCCUCACAACCAAGUCUCCAUACCUCCUUUCCUGUCUUCUACCUCCUCGUCCUGCUCUACCCCCCCCUUUCCACCCAUCCAUCCGUCUCAGAGCUCUGACCUAGCGGUGCCAACCACAGCCAGCCCGUCACCAAGCACUGUGGAUGUGCCAAACUCCUCUUCUCAGGAGAGCAGCUUUAACGGGAAUGCUCCUGUCUGCCUUCCUUCUGAAACUUCUUUCACUGAUUCUCUCCAGACGUCUUCGAGUGAAAACGCCAGUGAGGAGGCUGGUGAGGGUGAAUACGUCAAUCUGUAUUCCUCUGGCCAAAGCAACGGGGAACUCCCUCACUCUGAAGGAGAAUCUCCCUCCAUCAAAGACGGCCACUCCAAAGACUCCACUUCAAACAGCAGUGCCAUGGGGAAGGAAGGCAAAGACGGUGCUGAAAGGCAGCAGCAGUCACCGGAUGCAUUGGAAUCGUCACAGUUGGAGGAAGAGGUAGACGAGCUAUCCCUGAUUGACCACAGUGAAAUUAUGGCCAGGUUAACGCUGAAGCAAGAGGGAGACGACGGGCCAGAUGUUCGCGGCGGGUCCGGAGAUAUUUUGUUAGUGCAUGCAACAGAGACCGACAGGAAAGAUCUGGUGCUGUACUGUGAAGCCUUUCUGACCACAUACAGGACAUUUAUUACCCCAGAAGAGCUCAUCAAGAAGCUGCAGUACAGAUAUGAGAAGUUUUGCCACUUCACAGACACAUUUAAGAAGCGAGUCAGUAAGAACACCUUCUUCGUGUUGGUGAGAGUGGUGGAUGAGCUGUGCUUAGUGGAGUUGACAGACGAAAUUCUCAAGCUGCUGAUGGACCUGGUGUUCCGGCUAGUCUGCAACGGGGAGCUGAGCCUCGCUCGAGUGUUACGCAAAAAUAUCCUCGAUAAGGUCGAUCAGAAGAAUAUGCUGAGAUACGCCAAUUCCAUCAAACCUCUCGCAGCCCGUGGGGUGGCAGCCAGACCGGGGACCUUGCACGAUUUCCACAGUCAUGAAAUAGCUGAGCAGCUGACCCUCCUAGAUGCCGAACUCUUCUAUAAAAUUGAGAUACCAGAAGUUUUGCUUUGGGCAAAAGAGCAAAAUGAAGAGAAGAGCCCCAACCUGACACAGUUUACAGAGCACUUUAAUAACAUGUCCUACUGGGUCCGUUCAAUAAUUAUGGUGCAAGAGAAAGCCCAAGACCGAGAGAGGCUGCUCCUUAAAUUUAUAAAGAUUAUGAAGCACUUACGAAAGCUGAAUAAUUUUAAUUCCUAUCUGGCCAUUCUUUCUGCACUGGAUUCUGCACCCAUCCGAAGGCUGGAGUGGCAGAAACAAACCUCAGAGGGCCUGGCUGAGUACUGCACGCUGAUUGACAGCUCCUCGUCCUUCCGGGCCUACCGAGCAGCUCUGGCUGAUGUGGAGCCUCCCUGCAUACCUUACCUAGGCCUAAUUCUGCAGGACCUGACCUUUGUUCAUCUGGGAAACCCAGAUUACAUUGACAGCAAAGUGAACUUUUCCAAGCGCUGGCAGCAGUUUAACAUCCUGGACAGCAUGAGGUGCUUUCAGCAAGUACAUUACGACAUCAAAAGAAAUGAUGAUAUAGUGUCAUUCUUCAACGAUUUCAGCGACCAUCUGGCUGAGGAGGCUUUGUGGGAACUGUCUCUCAAAAUCAAACCUCGGAACAUUACGAGGAGAAAAACAGACCGGGAAGAGAAAACCUAGGAGGAGGGGUUUGUGUGAGCGAGGAGAAUUGCUCCGCAGACGCACCAAGGGCAGCUAUCGGACUGGAGUUCAAUAUUUGUACCUGUUACUGGAUGACGCACCCUCCCUCCCAGUUGGCAGCAAUCACUGGGUGUGUGAAUGUUGGGCUCUUUCAGCACAAGGGUAGCGAACGCCUGCGCGAGCCGCCUUCCUGCCAGACGGCAGCAGCUAAGGCGAGAGAUCAGCCAGUGCUCGCUGCACUCACCUUCCUCCUCCUCCCAUCCCUCCGUGCCAUGAAUCAGCUUUAAACCUGGGGAGAGAGCUUUGUGGAAGGAGGGUCCCAUGCAAGCGUGUUACUGAUUCACUGACUGAUAUUUCACUUGCGUUCGGAAGGACCUGAGCUUUUGUUCCCAUCUGCAAGGGAGGAGCAGCAAGAGCUCAGCACCCACAAGCAAGUCACGUGUCUCUGGAGUGUUAUCCAGCAGGCAGCAGCGGCGGAAGCCGAGGUUUUGUGUCUCCCCUGUAAUGCUGCCUCGAAACCUUUUUAGCCCUAGGAGACAAGGAUGGAAGAAUCUGCCGCUGUCUGCCAGAGGAGCUCUGCUUUCCAGGAGCUUGCUUUUGUUUACAGGGGUGUUGAGUUUACCCCAGAUCUCUCUCGCCUUCUUAAAGGGACGAAGGCACCGGUUGUAGAUGCGGAAGAGGCACUGAAAAUGUGGGCAGGGACCCGCCAUCUGCAGUCAUCGUAUCCCCCUCCUCCUCUCAAAUCUCAUUAUUUAAGCAACGGUAAUCCCUCUGAACCCUGGAAAUAUUGACUAGCCAAGGUACUGUGGUUCACUCGUCCUGUGAACCCGUAUCUUUUAGUGAUGGUACUAGCUUUUGCACAGUAAAUUCUGUAGUAUAUAAGACUGUAAAUAUUAGUAUUUAGAAUCCAUUGGGGAUUUUUUUGAUGCAUGUCUGAAUACCGGUGGAUUUAUAGGAAAAAAAAAAGUGCAAAACAGUAUGUAUAAAAUUCACAGCCAGUGACAAUGUUGUUCCAAGUGCUGGAAUAAAGGAGGCUUGGGGCAGCCGCGCGCGGAGCUGGCUGCGGAGCGGGAUGCAGGAUCCAGGCAAAGGAGCUAGCAGAUACGUUUCCGGGAUUGUAAAUGCCAACAGGGAAGGAGCCCUGCCCGGGGCCAGGCCUGCCCAUCCCCUCCGCCCCACUCCUCUCUCCUCUCGUUGUUGCCAAAUGGUUUGCGGGGGGUGGGGGGCUAAGAGGGGGUAUCCCAUCCGGAUAACCCUUGGUGCUGCGCUUUGUGAUCCGUUUUUUGGAAGACGCCUCAACAAGGCCGUGUCCCCAGUACCGCCAUGCCCAGAGCCAGCCGGGCACAGGCAGCCCGGCGUGUAAGGGGCGGGGGUUAGCACUUCCCACCCACGCAGUGUUUACCCCAGUCCGUUCGGUGUGCCUUAUUCAGCCCCUCUGUCCCCUCUCCGCGCCCACCCCGGACGUCGGACGUCGUCCCCACCGGUGCAGCCCCAGCUGGGCCAGUUCCUGCCCUUCCUUUCUGUCCCCCUUCAGUUGUUUACAGUGUGGAUCAUGUUUUUGAGUGUGUGCUCUAGAUUUUAUCCGCCUUGCAAGGCCUUUUUCGGAACCAUGUCGUGUAUUCACAGGUUUUUAUAGAGUUCUGGCUAACAACAAUCCUGCGGUUUUAGGGCUGUGGCUUGUAAGGAAUAUGCAUGGGAUGUUUUGCAGAGCAUCCUUAACUUAUUUCUCGGUAGCAGCUCAGGGUCCUCCAAGGCUGCGUUUCGUCUGGGUGAAGCAGAGGUGCAAGCGCUUCCUCCUGCAAACAGACUGCAGGGGCUUAGCCGGCUCCCUUUCCGUGGCCGCGCCGGGUGGCAGCCCGCAGAGGGGAACGACGGCCGCCCUGCUCAGUUCAUAGCAUCAGAUCCAGCUCGAUUUGUUUCCCUGAAGAUUUAGGCGCGGGGGCUCAUCAGCACACCGACUUGCACGCUCGUAAGGCAGGUUAGUCCAAAGCGCUGCUCUAGCCUCUGUAAGACAUCCUGACGCCGCGGGGCUGCGCCAGCUCGGCUCAGCUUAGGGGCAGAUCCUCGUCCGCCUCUGCGCGCCUGAGGCCAGGGCUUCCUCGCGCGGCGUCGACUCAGCUGGGCUCAACCGGCUCCCCGAGCAGUUUGCGCGGCUG